UUCGAAUAUAUUCAAGUCGAUCUAAUCUAUUUCGAGAAAUUUGUAGAGGAAAAUCAAAUCAAAAUGUCUUGAUACAGUAAUUGUUUCGGAAAAUAUGAAGGCGGACUAUUUGAUCUAUUUCGAGAAAACUGUAAAGGGAAAUUCACGAUCAAAAUAUAGAUCUAAUUAAUACAUGAGAUGUUACCGGAAUUUACAAGGCAUGUUUCAAAAGUAGCUUCUUCUGUUGUGCUAAUUUUGCUGGGUUUGCAUUUUGAGAGUCUGCUGUGUUCACCUAUGCUUUAUCAUCAGGGAAAAGAUGGAAGGUCGGGAUAUUUAUUGAGAGCUAAGAGAUCUCCUCAAAUGGGUGUACCUGGAUCAACAGUAAUCGGUCCUGUAACUUCAGGACAUGGAAUAUUUAUCUAUGGAGGAGUUAAUAAUACUAUAGUUUAUUUGGACAAUGAGAUCAUUGUAAACAGAUAUCAAUGGAAACCAGGAGAAGAUACGGGAAACAACACGAAAAAGCCUUGUGGUGAUACUGGGAAGGAUAGGGGGGAUACAAAAGUGCAUGGGAAAGAUACAAAAGGGGAUGGGGAUGAUACAAAAGUGCAUGGGAAUGAUACAAAAGGGGAUAGGAAUGAUACAAAAGUGCAUGGGACUGAUACACAAGUGACUGGGAAUGAUAGAAAAGGAGAAAAUGGGGAUGAUACAAAAGUGAAUAAGGAUGAUACAAAAGGGACUGAUAAUAAUACAAAAGGGAUUGACAAUGAUACAAAAGAGACUAAAAAUGAUACAAGAGGGACUGGAAGUGACACAAAAGAAGAGACUAAUGAUACAAAACAUCCAAGGGACAAUGAAAGAACGGCUGAGAAUAAUACUAGAUUUGAAGGAAAUGAUCAAAAUAACUAUAACAACGAUGAAAAACUGGAUCUUCUGGAACAAUUCCUUGUUUUUCUGCGUUAUCUCCUAGAUAAUCUGGAAAAUUCUCCAGUAAAUCGUGAUAAAAAACUUGAAGAGGACACUAAGAAGAUGAUAGAUGAAACACAAAAGUUAAUUGAUGAUGCAAAAAUGGAAACUGAUGAAAAACUAGAUCUCCUGGAACAAUUCCUUCUAUUUUUGCGUUAUCUCCUGGAUAAUUUGGAAAAUGUUCCAGCAAAUCAUGAUAAAAAUCUAGAAGAAGAUACUAAGAAGAUGAUAAAUGAAACACAAAAGUUAAUCGAUGAUGCAAAAAUGCAAACUGAUGAGAAACUAGAUCUCCUGGAACAAUUCCUUGUCUUUUUGCGGUAUCUCCUAGAUAAUUUGGAAAAUUCUCCAGUUAAUCAUGAUAGAAAACUUGUAGAAGAUACUAAGAAGAUGAUAAAUGAAACACAAAAGUUAAUUGAUGAUGCAAAAAUAUCAGCAAACGAUACAAAGAUGGAGAAGGAUACCAUAAAGUCAGGAGAACAAAUGAAUAAUACAAAACAAGAUGUGAAUGAUACAAAGACCAAUGAAAAGGGUACACAAACGGAUGAAAAUGAUACAAAAAUUGAUGGAAAAGGAACAGGAACCAAUAAAAAUGAUACAAAAUUGGGCUAUACUGAUAACAUGAAAGGUGUAAAGACAGAUAGAAAUGAUACAAAUACAACAAAAGAUGAUAAUAAUGUAAGUAAUGGUACGAAUACAUCUGACAAUGUUACAAGUGAUAGUAGAAAUGAUACAAUUAUAACAAAGGAUGAUAUGAAACUUUCUGGAAAUGAUACAAAAGAAGAUGUGAAUAAUAUGAGGGAAGAUAUGAAUAAUACAAAACAAGUUACAGAUGAUGGAAAACUAGACAGGAAUGAUACAAAACUCGACAGGAAUGAUACAAAACAAGACAAGAAUGAUACAACACUGGGAGGAGAUCAUACAAAUCAUGAUAAUGAUACAAGACUUGAUAUCAAUGAUACACAUCAUGAUAGAAAUGAUACAAACCAUGAUAAGAAUGAUACAAAUCAUAGUAGAAAUGAUACAGAAUCACCUGGAAAUAUUGAAAACAAGGGAACGAAAAAUUCUACCAUUGAAAAUUUGUAUGAAGAUGCCGUGAAUCUCUUAAGAGAUGUUGAACAGAUGAAGAGAGACAACGAUAAUAUGUUGAUGGAAAUUAAGAGAAUGCUAGAGGAAAACAGAAAAAUGGCUGAAGAGAACCAAGAAAUUUUGAAGAAUCUUACAAAAUAUUAUCAACACUAUGAAGAGAAGAGACAAAAUGAUGGAAAAAAUAGAACAGAAACACAUAUAGAUCAUAAACAAUCAACUGGGAAUGAUAGAAAAAUAGAUGAGAAUGAUUCAAAGAAAAAUGAAAUGGAUACACAAACACAUGAAAAAGCUACACAGACGAAUGAAAAUGAUACAAAUACAGAUGAAAAUGAUACAAAAGAGAAUGGAAAUGAUAAAGAAACCGAUGGAAAUGAUACAGAAACCGAUGGAAAUGAUACAGAAACUGAUGGAAUGAUACAGAAACCGAUGGAAAUGAUACAGAAACCGAUGGAAAUGAUACAGAAACCGAUGGAAAUGAUACAGAAACCGAUGGGAAUGAUACAGAAACUAAUGGAAAUAAUACAGAGACUAAUAAAAAUAAUACACAAACUAAUGUAAUAAAACAUCAUAAAAAGCCCCCAAAAAAACCAAACAAAGGACACAGUCGGAAUGAACAUAAAUUUGACCCCUACUGGCAGAAAACGGACUGGUAGAAAAUAAUAUGAUAAAUUAUAUAGAUAAUAAAUGGAAUAAUUAAUUCCAGAAAAUAAUAGAACAAACUAAUAAAGAUACAGAAACUGAUCAGUCUGACAAAUUGAUAACAUAUAGCAUAUAAUAUAGUGGUUCAUGAACUAGAAUAGUGUACAAAUA